CGGCAGGGUCUUCGGCGUGAGCUGGCCACCUCUGUCAUAGCUGUCUUCGUGGCCAAGGACGACAUCGGCAUCAGCGGCGUCAUCGGAUCAGCAAUCUUCAAUAUCAUGUUUGUGGUGAGUGUGUGCGCCCUCUUCGCCGGCCACGUCAUAACCCUCAACUGGUGGCCGCUUCUACGAGACUCAACCUUCUACUGCAUCUCAAUCUGCGCUCUGCUCCUGACAAUCUACGACGAGGAUGUGACGUGGUACGAGUCUCUGUUCCUGCUGACGCUGUAUGGGCUCUAUAUCUUCAUGAUGUGCCACAAUUCCCGCCUGGAGGAGUGGGCCAACACCCUUAACGUACCCUUCAAGACUGCCACCAAGGAGGAGAAAUCAUCGCUUUUCGGAACCAAGCCUGUCCCGCCCGUGACCGAGGGGGGAGCUGCUGGUGCUGGUGCUGGUGGUGGUGGUGGAGGUGUUGGUGGUGGUGUUGGUGGUGAUGUGGAGGGUGGUGGUCCUGGUGGUGGUGGUGUUGGUGGUGGUGUUGACGGACAGCAAGGUGGUACAUCUCCUUGUCCUCGCCGCACGAACCCUCGCCAGGAAGUUCAUCAUGAAUAG